AUGCCUGCACAUACGUCCAAAGAAGCAGCGCUGAGAAUCGACAAAGUCCUAAAUGAGUUCGGGAGAGCUCCUCUACAUGGCACAGUACUUGCUGACUCACUAAGUUCGAGCCCUGAAAUAGUGUUGGCGAUGCUUCUGGACGCCCUGAUCAAAGCAAGGCCAAUCUCCCAUGAGUUGACGCGCAAAACUCUCGCAAAAUUAAUCCAAGCCGAUUACCACGACAUCGACAUACUUUCCAACAGUACCUGGCAAGACCGAACAAUGGUUUUACAAGCAGGGGGGUACAACCGGUAUCGAGAGCAAUGCGCUACCAAUCUCGGUGAGCUUGCGAAGUUGAUUGUUGACAAAUACGAUGGUGAUUUGAACAAUCUUCUCAAGCAGGCAAACGGCAAACCCGACAAAGCUGGACUAUUGCUGAAGGAGAUCAAGGGAAUGGGUGACUUGGCAGUGGAGGUAUUUUUCAACAGUGCUCAAAGCGUAUGGCCACGUAUUGCGCCAUCUGUUGAUUCACGAAGCUUGAAGACAGCGGGUGAGAUCGGGAUUGGGACUGAUUUGGAUGGAAUAUACAACACGCUAGAUCGGGAUCCCAUGCGCAUGAGUUGGUUCGCUAAUGGCCUCUCUGAAGUCCGAUUGGAGAAAAGGCAGGAUGCUAUUGAGGGAAUUUGA